AUGCCAACCCAAAACGACAUUGCCAAAUAUCUCCGCACCCUCCAUCAACCCGGCAACCCCCUAAUCCUAACAAAUGUCUACGACCCCACAACAGCCUCAAUAAUCGCCUCACUACCAAAAGCACCCGCCAUCGCAACAGCAUCCUACGCGAUCGCCGCAACGAUCGGCGUCGAUGAUAACGCCCUAACAAAAACCCAAAAUCUGACCGCGAUAGCCGCGAUCGCCGCUUCCGUCCGCGCUAUUAACCCUGCCAAACCACUGACUGUCGAUCUGCAAGAUGGGUACGGCGAUGUAUCUGAGCUUGCAGAUACCAUCAGCCAGGUGAUCACCUUGGGUGCUGUGGGGUGUAAUCUCGAAGACAUGGACGCGACUGGCGUGCUGCGGUCGGUGGAUGAGGCUGCGGCCCGGGUUCGGGUUGUGGUUCAGGCAGCCGCCGCAGCUGGGGUUCCAGAUUUUGUGGUCAAUGCUAGGACGGAUGUAUUGCUGACAGCGAAUGGGACUAUUGAGGAGGCUAUUGAGCGCGGGAAGGCGUUUUUGGAGGCUGGUGCUACUACGGUUUUUGUUUGGGGUGGGCCUAGUGGGAGGGGUGUUUCGAGUGGAGAGGUUCAAAGAUUGGUUGAUGCCCUAGGGGGCAUGGUUAAUGUGAAAAUGAAUUUGAGAGAGGGCUUUCUGGGGGUGAAGGAGAUUCGGGCGUUGGGUGUUGCGAGGGUUAGUGUCGGGCCGGAGUUGUGGAGGGCUGCUAUGAAAGCGUUUAGUGAACAGGCUGAGCAGGUGCUGGCUUUGUGA